GGCUGUGGGCGGCGGCGGCGCGCAGCGACACAGCGUCGCGAGGCGAGGACGAGCGAGCGCCGCUCCCGCACCUCCCCGCAUAGUCCGCGCCGCGCGCCCCGAGGAGCGGCCGCAGCCUCGGAGUCAGCCGCGUCCCCUCCGCGCUCCUGCCGCUCCCGGCGCAGCCAUGGCCCCGGCCUUCUGGCCGAUCCUCAGCCGCGUCCUUUGGCUCGCCUGCCUCCUGCCCUUGGCCCCGGCUAGGGUGGCCGCAGGGCUGUAUGAACUGCACCUCACCACUGAUGGCCCUGCCACCACGGGGGCAGAGGUGACGAUCACAGCUAGCCUGGUGGCCAGUGACAAUGGCAGCCUGGUCCUGCCCACCAACACCCGCCUCUACCACUUCCACUGGAUCCAUACCCCGCUGCUGCUCACAGGGAAGACCGAUGAGGCUUUCAGCUCCACCAUCCGUGCCGUGGGGACCGUGCCCGGGGACUUCCCGGUCUCCGUCUGGGUCACUGCUGCCAACUGCUGGACAUGCCCGCCUGUGGCCAGGAGCCUCCUCGUCCUCCCCAUCACAGAGCUCCUUGUGGGGAACCUCGUUGUCACCCAGAACACCUCCCUGCCCUGGCCCAGUUCUUACCUCACCAAGACAGUCCUUAAAGUUUCCUUCCUUCUCCAUGACCCGAGCAACUUCUUCAAGACGGCCUCAUUUCUCUACAACUGGGACUUCGGAGACGGCACCCAGAUGGUGACUAAAGACGCUAUGGUCUAUUACAACUAUUCCAUCAUUGGAACCUUCACUGUGAAGCUCAAGGUGGUGGCUGAGUGGGAACAGGCAAUACAGAAUGCCGGGAAGGGCAUCAUGCAGAAGACAGGCGACUUCUCUGCCUCGCUGAAGCUGCAGGAAACCCUUCGAGGCAUCCAAGUCUUGGGGCCCACCCUAAUCCAGACCUUUCAAAAGAUGACAGUGACCUUGAAUUUCCUGGGGAGCCCCCCUCUGACCGUGUGCUGGCGUCUCAAGCCUGAGUGCCUGCCGCUGGAGGAAGGGGAAUGCCACCCCGUGUCGGUGGCCAGCACGGCCUACAACUUGACCCACACCUUCAGGGAUCCCGGGGACUACUGCUUCAGCAUCCGGGCUGAGAACGUCAUCAGCAAGACACACCAGUACCACAGGAUCCAGGUGUGGCCCUCCAGCAUCCAGCCGGCCGUCUUUGCCUUCCCGUGCGCCACGCUGAUCACCAUGAUGCUUGCCUUCAUCAUGUACAUUACCCUACGGAAUGCCGCUCACCAGAAGGACAUGGUAGAGGUGGCUGAUUUUGACUUUUCCCCCAUGUCUGACAAGAACCCGGAGCCUCCCGCUGGGGUCCGCUGCUGCUGCCAGAUGUGCUGUGGGCCCUUCUUGCUGGAGACUCCCUCGGAGUACCUGGAAGUUGUCCGCGAGAACCACGGGCUGCUGCCGCCCCUCUACAAAUCCGUCAAAACGUACACCGUGUGAGCGCCCCCCGGUCCCGUCGCGGCAUUAACUACCGCCAGCGGGGCUCUGCGGACAGGGUGGUGCACACCGCCGAGCAGGCGGGG